AUUUCCCCGCCUGGUUCUGUGCAUCUCGAGAGCACGACUUGUUGGCAACAUCGCGGCUCCUUGAGGGCGUGAUCAUCAUGACGGACAAUCCACCUGGCACGACAAACAUCAUCCGGGAUGUCACGGCAAGUGACAGGGCGAGAGUUCACAAUGGCAACAGCUAUCACUAUCACAACCAGGUUUCUAGCUGGAAUUCAGCACAGGCAAAGUUACGACAAAAGUUGCUACGACAAAAGUUGCUAAGGGGCUUGAACACCUGCCCGUACGAAGAGCGAAAGGACAUAAACCUCAGACGCGCAAGCGGCACCUGCGAAUGGUUCGUCAAUCAUGAGCGCUUCAACAAAUGGCAGGAGGAGACUUCGGCGUUGCUCUGGGUGUCUGCUGACCCCGGCUGCGGCAAGUCCGUGUUGGCGAAGCACCUCAUCGACAAUGUCUUGCCAAAGUCCAAUUCCGAGAGCACGAAAAUUUGCUACUUCUUCUUCAAAGACGGCUUUGACGACCAAACGACAUCAGAGGGCGCUCUGUGCUGUCUGCUUCAUCAACUUUUCACGAAGCAGGAAGAUUUGGUCUCCGACAAGCUCUUGGAUCUCUUCAAGAUCGAGAGAAGUCGAUUGUUUAAGUCCUUCCGGCAGCUAUGGAAGGUGCUUCAACAAACAGCCACUCUGAACUCGAAGAAGAACCCCAAGUCCACGAUCAUCUGUGUCGUUGAUGCAUUAGAUGAGUGUAGCAACGCAGGUCCCUUUGCGACAGCGUUGACACAGCUGUACACAGACAACGGUGUUCCUGGCUUGAAGUUCCUGGUCACCAGCCGCCCUUAUGACCGGAUCCGAGCAGCAUUCCGAACGCUCGAGGACACCCAACCGACAAUUCAUCUGAGCGGAGAAAACGAGGAAGAGGUAGAGAAGAUUUCAGAAGAGAUCAUCCUGGUCAUCGGUCAACGCAUCCAGCAGAUCGGUAGAAAGUUCGGCCUCACCAAGAAAACUCGAAAGGAACUGGUCGAUCGUAUGUCGAAGGUCGGAAAUCGAACGUACCUUUGGGUUCAUCUUGUCUUCGCAGACAUUGAAGCUGCCAACCCCUUGAGCGUCGACGAUUUGAGUAGAAGCGUCGAUAAGAUGCCCCAAACAGUUGAGGCAGCCUACGACAAGAUACUUAGCAGCAGCGGUGAUGAUACCAAGGUUCAGCGAGUCCUCAAAUUCGUCCUCGCAGCCGAAAGGCCUCUCCAUAUUCGAGAGAUGGCAACAGCCCUGGUCUAUCUCAGCACAUCGCACCGAAACUUCGCAGACCUUGAGCGCAGCCUCUUGGAAGAUAAAGUUAUUGUCGAAUCUUUAAGGGAGGUUUGUGGGUUGUUCGUUGUCGUUGUCGACCAUCAUGUCCAUCUCCUGCACCAAACAGCCAGAGAGUUUCUAUUACGACCUACGAGAUCAAAGGAGUUGUCCGCCCGCAAACCGUCCAAGUCAAUGCAACUUCCCUGGAGGCAUUCAUUUGAUCUUGAGCAGUCACAUGCUCUGAUUUCCAGAGUUUGUGUGGGAUACCUCUUGCUCAUCGAGUCCGAGCAAAUAGACACGAACGCCGAGGGCUGGCGGGAAAGGAAUCAUCUGGAGUUCCACUUGCUCGAUUACGCUGCAGAGCAUUGGACGACGCAUUACCGCCAAUCAGAGACCAAAGCCGGCCCCGAGCUGGUGGCUGCUGCCCAAAUCCUUUGCAUGCAUCAGCGGCGUACUUGCCAGGUUUGGCUCACGUAUCACAAACCAACAGCACACAUGGAGACUUCGGCCCUCAGCAACCAAAACCCUGAUGGCUUGAUGAUUGCAGCGCACUUUGGCCUGGCGACUUUGGUGCGUCCUAUGCUCCUAGCAGAAAAGAGCUUACCAGUGAGACUGGCACCUCGAAAGGCAAGAACCUCGCCGCCACAGUCCAGGGGCACACGAUCAAGCCAAACUACCUCAGAAUCCGGGCAAUACCAAGCUACCACGGCGCUGAUCAAUCGGCAAGACAGCUUCGGACGAAGCGCGCUAUGGCAUGCUGCCUGCCGUGGACAUAGCAACGUUGUGAAAGUUCUCCUUGAAUGCCACGCUGAAUCAGACGCAUCAGUUACGGAGCUGGACGCACCUCUAAAGGCGGCUGCGAUGUGUGGAAAUAGGUCGAUUAUCAAGCAACUCCUCAAACAUGGUGCGCAAUCUGUGAACCCAGCCCUAUACGCAGCUGCAGAGUGUGGCCAUCACGAUUGCGUCAAGCUCUUGCUCAAACGUGGUGGUCAGGUGGACUGGGCCGAUAAGUCUGGUCGCACGGCGCUGAUGGCUGCUGUUGAGGAAGAUCACAAGAAAGUUGUCACGCAGCUUCUUGACGCUGGUGCUCAGAUUGAUGCUGUGGAUAGAGGAGGCUACACUGCUCUGCUGCUCGCUUCUCAGCAUUUUCGCAGAGAAAUCCUCGCACAAUUGCUUGAACAUGGUGCCUCGACUGAGGUCCGCAACAGCCGCGGCUUUACAGCUCUGAUGCUUUGUUCUUUUGUAGGUCACCGAGCGGCCGUGGCGGAGCUCCUACUCCAUGACGCUCAGACUGAAGCGACAAACAACAAUGGCGAUACAGCUUUGCUAUUGGCCGCAGAGCGGGGUGAGGGGGUGAUCAUCGAUGACCUUGUUGAAGCUGGAGCCAACAUCGAAGCCACUAAUCACGAUGGCAAUACCGCCCUGAUUGAGGCGGCGAGUCGUAGAAGGUUCUGGGUUGUUAAGGUUCUUUUGCAGCGCGGUGCAAAUGUUAACGCCAGGAAUAAUACGGGGCGGACAGCGUUGAUAGUAGCUGCCGCUUCUGGCUUGCGGAAAAACGUCGAGGGGCUACUGAAACACGGUGCUGACAUCCAUGCUCGCGAUUUUGGUGGCCAAACAGCUAUAUCGCAAGCUCAAGCAGGGAGCCACUACACCACCAUAAGGGAGCUGCUAGCUUGGGAAGCUAAAAUGCCCAGCUGAGCCGAUAUGUUCUGAUGGCCAUGAUCGUGGGCUCUCUGAAAAUACUGAGCAAUUGCUGAUGGAAUAUGCGAGGGCGGUGUCGGUCGCGUUGUAGUUUUAGGUUCAUCACUGACUUCUAAUCACGAGCUUUUCUUCUUGUUUCACAUUUUUUAUUCUGGCAGAGUCUAUAGCAUCA